GGUGGUGCGAAUAGAAAAGUCAAAAAAGUGACUCCUCUUGUUGGCCGCCGCUGCGGGUUGCAUUUUGUUCCGGCUCGCGUAUCGAAAAUUAUCCGCACGAAAAAUAAAGUUCAACACGUCGCGUUCCGCUUCCAUCAUCUUCCGAUUCUGUUGUUUUCCCGUGAAAGUCGGUACUCUGGGUGCAAAAAACGGUACGUUUCGUCGCGAGUUUCGUUUUGUGUUUCGGUUUCGGACGAUCGGUCCGCAGAUUCGGUGGCUGUGAUUCUGGAGGACAAGAUAACUGUGGUCUGUCAUAUUUUUAUUUUCUGCAAGCUGCUGCAGAACGAAUACUCAUCGGGGGUCAUCGUGCGAGGUAUUUCUGCCGUACGCUGCAAGGAACAGUUGGCAACGGGGAAGAAGGGCACGACGACGAUCUUCGCUGUGGUGCGGAAGAGGUACGGUUGAGGACGAGUGACAAGAAACCAACGCAAGGAAUCUUGUUCGGCCUGUAAAAUAAAAUCCUAAAAUGGACACGGCCAACUCAGCGGAAGAUGCCGUGAAAGACGUGAUGUCGGCUGAAACUAAAGAUGAGCAAACUCCAGCCAAAAAGCCAGAGGAAACAAUCGAGCAAACGGUGGACGCAGCGGAAAAUGGUGGCACAGCCACGUCUUCUAGUGAAGUCGAACAGGAAGAGGUACAAAUCGACAAAAAUGCUGCAUCCGAACCGGAGCAGAAGACUGAGAAAUCUAGUAAAGCGGACACUGCAGAUAGUACUGCUGAAGAGGAGGAGGGUGCGAUGGAUGAAUCGGAUGAGAAGUUCGAGGACGCCAUCGAUUCCGAGGACAAAUUAGAAGCGGAGCAAAUUAUCAAAACCAACGAACAGGUCGCUAAUAACGAAACACCCUCUAAAUUGACCUCAGAACCCUCCACAACCACUUUCGAAUCAUCCUCCUCUGAAAACAUAAUGAUCCUUCAAGUAGCGGAAUCUUACGAAAUCGAAGACUCACCGGAAAAAUCCCCAGUCAAAAUGGUGGCCAAUCCCGCCGCCUUAGCUCGCCCUGGACCGUCGUCGGUGAAGCGAUUGCCAUUGAAAAGUCCGGAAAUUGUCACCGUAGAUUUGGACGACGAUGACGACGACGAUGAUGACGAUGCUGGCGUUCCGGCCGCCAAGAUUGCAGCUGUUCGGCGUGCCGCCUACGCCGCCGACAACGACGAAGAGUACGGUGAAGAGGAGGAGGAUGAUUACUAUGACGAUCCGGAUAGUGACGAUGACGACGUGGGCCAGGUGCUGCAAGAUGGAUAUGAUGAUAUGAACGCCAACGUGAGUUCCGAUGAAGAAGAUGAAGACGGUUUCAGUGAAGACGAGUCAUACGCACGGCAAAGUUUGGUGGUGGAUGGUGCAAGUGGUAGUGGCAAGCGUAAAAGAAGUGAUUAUUCAGAAGAAGACGAAGAAAGCUACGGAUACGAUGAAGAUGAACCGGAAGAAGAUGCAGAUGACGAUGACGAAGAAAUGGCAGAAGUGAUUGGGAAGGGUGAAAAGCUUGGCGGAAAGAGGCCCCCGAAGGCUCCAGUUUCCAUGGGGCAGAUCAGUGUGGAAGAUGAAAGUGAUGAAGAUGUGGCACUGCUAGUGAAGAAAAAGUUCCGCAAGGUCAAAUAUAAGACCUAUAGGCAGAAGCUGAUGGCGAAGAUCCGACGAAGGACCUAUAAAUUAUUAAACAAGCGCAGUAUGCACGUUAUGGAAGAGGGCAGCGAUGCGCUCGUCUGCUCCGAUGCCGCCAAAAUAGUCAGUCUCAAGUCGGCCGUCAGCAGCGUGGGGGUGAAAACGGUUGCAGAGGAAGCCACAGCUAUUAAGGAUCCUAAACCCAAAGAGGAUCAAACGGCUACUCCGGGUGCGUUGGUACGGAAGGAUAGCGAGGAAGCAGUGGUAGCAUCCGGUGACGCUGUGAAAGAUUUGAGUGAGCACAAGAAGGAUGAUGAAAAUAAAGAAAACAUGACUGUGAAGGAUAACGCAAAAGAGGUACCGCGUCGGGUGGAAGUGGACGAGAAAGUCAAAGCGAGAGACGAUCAGCAGAAAGACCAGGAACAGGAAGAUUGUUUGACAGAGGAUGUGAUGGACAGUAUCGAUAAUAUAAUUGCGGACGCAAAGAAACAGAAUGGCUCCAAGAGUGAUUUCAACGAAGAGCUUACAUUCCAAAUGGACGUCGAUGGAAGCGAUAAGGACGACGAGGAUAACUAUGAGCCAGAUGAAGACGAUGAUGUGGACGAAGAAGAGGAGGAAGAAGAAGGCGCUGUGGAUUUAUCAUCUUCGUAUGAUGCCAACAAGAGCGACCGACAGACAGACGACUCGGAUGCAGUUGAAACAAUUGAUAGUUCUCCGGAGAAAGACUUGAGCGUUGUUGGAAAGCCAACGAGAAAACCUGGUCCUUUGCAACUAGACCGAAGGUCAUUCGAUAGUAGGAAGAGCAGCGCCGAUAAUCAGAUUGUCGUCAAAAAAGAAAUAGAAGACGAUUCCGACGAAAAUCCAGAAACCAUUAAGGAAUCUACCACCGUUAGUGCAAAUAAGUCUAGUCCUAGCCGAGCAGAAAAGCAAUCAGAGAAACCAAGAGAAACGGAAGCAGUUUCUCGCAAACGUCGUCGUUCUGUAGACCCAGACGACCAGGAAGAUGGCGAAGAACCGUUAGUUCCUUCUAAGAAGCUUAAGCGCGAGUUGGAAACCAAUUACCCAACACACGAUCGACUGCUGAAAGAGUACAUCGAAACCACUUCCAAUCAUUCGGUGGACGACAUUCAAAAACACACCGAUGCUCUCAUGGUCGAAAUUCAGACUUUAAACGAAAUGAUUCGUGCCAAAGAAAUCGAAUGGAACAACAUGAUCCAUUUGAAGAAGGUGAAAGAAGAGAUCUUGCUCCGGCUUACACGGAAGAAACAUGUCAUGGAUGUUAUGCAGACCAAGCUGGGAGAAGUCUCUGAGUAUUCCCACUUUGAUUCGUCAAACCUUACCAAUGUCCGUUCCGCUUCUGUAGGGCCGCGCCCUCCGACGCCUCCACCGGAAGUAGAUAUUCGUCCUGCUUCCGUCACACCUCUACACAGUAGCACUCUGAACAACAGCAGGAAUGCGAAUGCCUCUGUUAAUUCGAUCUCCGCCAGCCGGCAAAUCCCCGGCAGCAAAGACAACAGUCUGUUUGCUCAGUUCAAUCAUAGCAACAGCUCCGUAACAAUGGUGCCAUUGUCAACGUCGUCCUCGUUGAUCACAUCCACGAAUACAAUCCUACAAUCUCGGGCGAACAUGAAGUCCGCCGAAGUUGCCAAGGAAAAAUCCAAUGUCGCCCAAAUUCAACGGCAGAUUCUUCCUAAACCUGUGCUUUCCAACCACCAACAGAUCCUGAACAACCUGGCCAUGUCGGCUGGGCUAACAGCCGCGUGCGCUACUAGCUCCGGCACCACGUCGAUCUCAUCCGCUUCCACCACGGCCACCGUUGCCAGCGCCGCCAAUCUUAUUGCCGGAUUGUCCAAUAACAUUCUAGCCGGUUUGUCAGCUCAGACUGCCGCUCUUCUCAAUGGACACCACCACCCAUCAGCUUCCAAUCAUCUCAGCCAAUCCAAUCAGCUGCAGGUCGGAAGACAGGGAGUCAUCAAGGACGUCAAAAGUAUUAUCGCCGACUAUCGACAAAAGCAUCCGGAGCAGGUACCUCGACGAGGACGCCGCCUGAAAAAUAUCCCCGGGUCCAGUUAUGAUGGCAUCACCAUCACCAACAAGAGCGGAUCGUCGCGGAUGCCCGAACUAGGGUUCCUACUAGGAGAGAACUCCCGUCCCUCUAGCAACGAUUCAUCCCAGAGCAAUUCCAACAACCAGUUGCCAUUCGUUGGCGCGGCCGGUUUUUCCAUCAACGAUGUUCUGGCGCAGUUUGCCAAAAUGAGCCAAACCGAUCGCAACUUGCUGUCCAAUCUAACGGCAGCCGCAGCAGCAGCCGCCGCCGCAGCUAGCAGCGCAGUUACCGCAACCUCAUCCACUACUACCCAUUCUACAUCUUCUUCUUACCAACAGCAGCAACAGCAACAAUCCCAACAAAACUCCGUUGCCUCUAAUCUGAGCAAAAAUUCCUACCCGGAAGUUACACUUCACCCGGUGAUGAAUUCCAGCUCCGCAUCUGGUUCCAAUGCUGACGUGAAUCACAGCGCCGGAAAUAACUCCGGCGGUGGCGCCGCCAAUCAGUCCCAGAACAACAGCAGCAAUACCAACUCUACCAACUCGCUGCUGCAUGGCAUCCUGACGAAGUCGUCCUCGCGCCCUAACGCGACCGGCUUCACGUCCUUUUCGCCCACGUUGGCCCGGCUGUUGACGGCGCCGGAACGAAUGAACUCGCAGGCCGCCACCGUCACGUCCGGUGCGUUGGCCAACCUGCAGGCCAACACCGGGCUGAAUCUGUCCAAGCCGAACAGCGAGAUCACGAUCACUCCGGUGGUGGCUUCGAAUCUCCAGCAGUCCCUGUUGGCCCACCAGCAGCAGCUGCAGGAACAGCAGAAGCAACUGCAGCGGUUGCGAGAGCAGCAUUUCAUGAGCAUGGACGACGAAGCCGACGACAGCGUGGACCGCUUAGUCAUCGACGAGGGUGACGACCAUCACCAUCACUCAACGGCUAACAAUUCCCGUAGUGACGGCCAUCGCGAAUCGGGCGUUGUGAUCGCCGCCCGCGGAGGCAAUGGACCCGAGUUCCACGAAAAUGAUGUGCCAGAAUGCCAGGGCUGCAAAAAGCGCGAGGCCCAGUUUGUGUGCGCCGGUUGUGGCAACCAGUGGUACUGCAGUCGGGAGUGUCAGGUGAACGCCUGGGAUGAUCACUCGGAGGUAUGCACUGGUUAAAAAGCACUACCAGCAUUAGACGGAAAUCCUGAUGACCAGGUAUUACCUUAUUUUAUAUAAAAUGACCAUUGAAAUCAACUAUUACUAGAGAGACAUUCAGCCUACAAGCAAGAUAUUCAAGAGAGUAAAGUGUAACAGCCUCAAACUGCACCGUCAGUUAAUCAGUAUGAAACGACAUGUUCUUAGAAUUCUACCAAACAAUUUAUCCUACUCAUAUAUCAUUACUCCCUUCGAAUCGACCCAUUUAAUAACAAUUUACUAUAAAAAAUAUGAUUCUAAGCAACCAAACCAGGAAAGUUAGCAAGCUCGAGUUCUGUAUUCGAUAGGUUCCUCUGCACAGGGGUUUCAACUCCCCUAACGUAGAUUUUAAAUUAAUUCUAAUUUAAAACCCCAGUACAUCAAAAUCAGCAGUUUAGAAACUAAGUUAGUUGCAUUUUUGUGUCAAAUAGGCAGACUAAUCUUUUUCAACCUUUCCCGUUGCACUUCGCUAUUCCCCGUUUAGAUCCUUUCCUAGUUUUACGAUAAUAUUUACUUUCGCUAGUAGAUCCUUGGUUGAACAAGUGAAACAAAUAUCUUUAGUUUCCAUCAUCAGAUAGGUUAUUUUAUAACAAUACAACCCCUUUCACAAUCAUUUGAAUUCAAACAUACUGCGUAAGAUUUAAACAGCUUGAAGAGAAAAUGAAUAAAUUGAAAACGCCACCUGCCAGAGUGCGCUGCACUUAACUGCAUGGCAAUACAGUUCACUAAUAGUAAAUUAUAAUGACAUUUAAUCAAAUACAUAUAUUUACUAUCACUUUCAACUAUGUAAAGAUGCACACUGACGAAAAGUGAUUUGCGAAUCUAUGAAACAAAUGAAGAAAGUUCACCACACACGGAAUGGGAGUUAUGGCUCCUAAUUUCAACAGCAAAAGAGUAAGAUUACGAAAGCAUUGUAACUUAUCGCGGAUUUAGUACGUAUAUUUGUCAAAGUAGGUUUUAAGAAAGUGACAGGAAGGUUCGUCAAGGCCAACAGUAAAUGCGGAUGCGAGUGCGUCAAACUGCGAAAGGGAACACGACAGAGAAGAAAAAAAGCUAGGCAUAUGAUCAAAGAUCAGAAUGUGCAGAUCGGAGUUGCAGCACUUAUUAGGUGUUAGUUUCAACGGAAUAAAACACUGCAUAAGAAAGUUAUUAGAAAA